CUGUCAUGGCCGCCCAGGAGGACGUAGCGGCGUUACAGGAUGAAAUUGCCCGGCGCGAGGAAGAGCUGGCUUCGCUGAAGCGGAGGCUGACUGCAGCCCUGGCGUCUGCGCCGGAGCCCGAGCGUCCGGUCCAGUUGCCACCGCUGCUGCCCAAGGCCGAGCUGUCGCGGGCCGAGAUCCUCCGCUACAGCCGGCAGCUGCUGCUGCCGGAGCUGGGCGUGCGCGGUCAGCUGCGCCUGGCAUCGGCUUCGGUGCUGGUGGUGGGCUGCGGCGGGCUGGGCUGCCCGCUGGCGCAGUACCUGGCGGCGGCCGGCGUGGGCCGCCUGGGGCUCGUGGACCACGACGUGGUGGAGACGAGCAACCUGGCGCGCCAGGUGCUGCACGACGAGGCGCGGGCCGGCCAGGCCAAGGCUCGCUCGGCGGCCGCCGCGCUGCGCCGCCUCAACCCGGCCGUGGAGUGCGUGGCGUACGCUCGCGCGCUCAGCGAGGCCUGGGCGCUCGAGCUGGUCCGCGCCUACGACGUGGUGGCCGACUGCUCGGACAACGUGCCCACGCGCUACCUGGUGAACGACGCGUGCGUGCUGGCCGGCCGGCCGCUGGUGUCGGCCAGCGCGCUGCGCUUCGAGGGCCAGCUGACCGUCUACCACUGCGACGGCGGGCCCUGCUACCGCUGCGUCUUCCCGCGGCCGCCCCCAGCCGAGACGGUGACCAACUGCGCCGACGGCGGCGUCCUCGGCGUGGUGCCUGGCGUACUGGGCUGCGUGCAGGCGCUCGAGGUGCUCAAGAUCGCCGCCGGGCUCGGGCCGUCCUAUAGCGGCAGCCUGCUGCUCUUCGACGGCCUCGGCGGCCACUUCCGCCGGAUCCGGCUGCGGCAUCGCCGGCCCGACUGCGCCGUGUGCGGGCAGCAGCCCACCGUGACCCGCCUGCAGGACUACGAGGCUUUCUGCGGCUCCUCGGCAACCGACAAGUGCCGGAUCUUGAAGCUCCUGGACCCCGAGGAACGGAUUUCCGUGACUGAUUACAAGCGGCUUCUGGAUUCCGGAGCGCCCCACGUGUUGCUGGACGUCCGGCCUCAAGUGGAGGUGGACAUCUGUCGUCUGCCGCACGCCCUCCACAUCCCUUUGAAUAAGCUGGACCGGAGGGAUGCCGACAGCCUGAAGCUCUUAGGGGAUGCCCUCCGGGAAGGGAAGCGGAACUCGGAGGAAGGGACUGCUCUCUCUGUGUAUGUGAUUUGCAAACUGGGGAACGACUCCCAAAAAGCUGUGAGGGUCCUGCAGUCCUUAAAGGCAGUGCCAGAGCUAGACUCUUUAACCGUUCAGGAUAUUGUAGGGGGACUCAUGGCCUGGGCCGCCAAAAUUGAUGAGUCGUUUCCACAGUACUGAGGGAGCCCCGUGCAGAUCACAUGGAUGGUUGUGAUACCUCGAGGGUCUUCAGUCAUGUAGGGAAGAGCCUGGGUCCACGGCCUCGGAACAAAUAGACUCUUGCAAGGAGGUUUUUGAGAAAGCAGGCUAAAAUUGUUUGAGAGCUGCCUUGUGUCUGGGGCCCUUGUACAGUGUGCCUUCAGCAUAUAGCGUGAGGUGUGACAGGGUUUUUGUUUCUUCUCUGUUGCAAUCACAAUGCGCUCUGGACUAUCCAUUUUAUACCUGGAACUAGGACACAGUUUUACUUCCUCCGAGUCCGAGUCUAAUUGGAUUACUCACAGAUGGUACACUUGCAUUCAGCUCACUAAGGUAUUCUUUGGGAGGCUGGAGAAGUGACUUAGCAUUGGCUGCCCCCUCCCAGAGGGGAUCACUCGUGUGCUGGCUCACAACUGUCUAUAGCUCCAGUCCCAAGAGGUCAGAUGUCUCCUUGCCUCUUCCAGCACCAGGCAGGAUCUUGGUGCACAGGCUUACAUGCAGGCAAAAACACUCAUAACGUUUUAAAAUAUAUAAAAAAAAAGUUUAAAAAAGAUAUUUGAGUCUUAUUUCUAAUUAAAAUGUUAGGAUAUGCACUGUAGACAUAGAUAACUACAGAGUGUUUUCAUUACCUGGAAUUUGGUCAUUCAAGAACCUGCCAUGAAUAUCAGAGUACAAUCUUGAUAGCAAAAUAAAGGAAACUGAUUUGUGGACCAUCAGCUUCCCUUAGAAGUUGCUAGCAUUUUUCUUGUACUUAGCUUCCGUGUCCACCUUAAUGGCAUACACAUGAGACAUUUGCUUAACUGCAUUGUCGUUGGUAUCUUCUAGUCCAAAUCCCAGCCUUUGCUCCUACCCCUUUGUCUACUUUGAUUCCAUCCACUUUAUUUCUCAAUUUUUAUGUAGGUGUUUUUAUGUUUACAAGGUAAACAGUUUCACUAGGCCUGUUGUUGCAGGUCAGUCUAUCCAGCUACUCUAGAGGCAGUGGCAGGAGGAUCAUAAGUUCAAGGCCUAUCUGAGUUACAGAGUGUGUCCAAGGUCAGCCUGGGCACAACUGACAACUGACCGAGACCUGUCUCAAAAAGUAAAAAGGAGGUAAGAGUCAGUGGUAGCAGGCCGAAGAGUUUAGGCUUCAUUUCCAGUACCACAAAUAGUUUGAUGAGCUGGCAGACAGUCCACACUACUUUCAGUGUGUAUAGCCAGGUCAGUGUUUUUCGAGACAGUGUUUCCCUGUGUAGCCCUGACUGUCCAGUCCUCAGAAGACCAACCUAGCCUUGAACUCAGAGAGCUACCUGCCUCUGUCUCCCAAGUGCUGGGAUUAAAGGCAUGUACCACCACUGCCCAGCUUCUCUGCAUUUUCUGGCUUUUUUUUUUUUUUUAAAGGAUUAAAAACAUAGCUAUAAAAAAAAAAAAAGCCCUCUGCAGGCCAGAGUCACCUCUUUCAAAGCACUGAUAAUCUUUUUUUUCUUUCUUUAAAUAAGAAAGGGAUUAGUAAGAGUCAAAGCUAGGCCAGGCUUUACUUUUAGCUAUGAGACACGUGCCACACUGACAACAUCCCCUGAAUGGCAUGGUGGGCUGGAGCAGGUAUAUCAUAACUACUCCCAGGUACCAUGCACUUGCAUGUCUUUGUUUCAGAGUCCUUUAUUUACUUUUGACACAGGGCCUUGUUUGCUGUCCAGGUUGGCAAGUGUGUGCCCCCUUGUCAGACUUCUCUGCUAUUUUGAUGAACUGGUGAUGGCAAGUAAUUUUUUUUUAAAAGAUGUCUUUGUAGGAAGGAGAACUGGCUGCUCUCCCAGAGGUCCUGAGUUCAAUUCCCAGCACCUACAUGGUGUCUCACAACCAUCUAUAAUGGGAUCUUAUGCCCUCUUCUGGCCUGCAGCUGUACAUGCAGCCAGAGCGCCCAUAGACAUAAAAUACACAAGUAUAAGCAAAUCUCUUCUAAAAAAUUAAGUGUUUGUAACUGCCUGGUAGACCCAAGUUCAGUUCCCAACACUCACAUGGUGGCUCGCAACUGCGGGAUUUAAGAGUUUAUUUUGGCUCCCGUGAUGACUGCACAAAUGUGUGCAGACAUGUUUGUAGGCAAACACUCAUACAAAUAAAAUAAACCUAAAAAAAAUAAAAAAGAAGAAAUCUGCUUCUCCUUGUAGUUGGAACCUGAAUGUUGACAAAUUAGCCUGCAGAGGAGAAGCCUUUUUUUAAGGAUGGGCAAGUGCUGGUGUGGACACAGAUAAGCAUGGGCCUCCAUCCUGGACAUGUCCAGCAGGCAUCACACCGGAGAAGGUACAGAAAGCACACCAGUUGAAGACCACACACAGAAACACUCCCUGGGAAUUGAACCCAGAGCUUAAUGCAACUAGGCAAGCCUUCUUUCACUGAGUCCCCCUUCAAAAUUGUGGUAUUCCAAGCUAUGGUUUCACUAAGUUGCCCAAACUUUUCACAAGUUGAGCACACUUGUCACCAGCUCCCUCUUAGACAAAGGAACUUGGGGAUUCAGGAGUCCCUUUCCCCUCCCAAACCAAUCCACUUUCCCAAGGAGACUGAUAGGCAGUGAACCUGUAGGGAGCAGCCACAGGCUCACUCUCCAGACAGGGUCUCACCGUGUAGCUCUGGCUGGCAUGGGACUUUAUAUGUAGACCAGCCCGGCCUUGAGAUCACAGAGAUCUGCCUGCCUCUGCCUCCCAGUACUGGGAUUAAAAGAUGUGU